AUGAUUGUCACUUCAAAUAUAGUGAAUGACCUGAAUACUGCAUUCCAACUCAUUAAUAUGGGCACUAAUGAUAAAAUAAGACAAGGAGAGCAACUGUUAUAACAAAUAAGAGGUGAUAUACAAUAUCCCAAAGUGUUAUUUGAUUAUUUCCAAGCUUACGAAAUAAGUCUAGGGCUUCGAGCGGCAAUCGAAUUAAAAUUAUGGUUUAAGGAAUAUCGUAAUUUUGAUGACUACUAAGCUCAAUACGUACAACCUGUAGUGCAAGUCAUCAAACAACACAUAAUAAGUGCUUACAUUGUGUCUGAAGCACCAUUGAUUCAUUAAUUAAAAGAUGCAAUUGUUUAUGUGGCUUCAAGAGACUUUCCUACUCAAUGGCCUACUCUUAUGGCUGAUUUAAAUCAAUUCCUAACUCAUCCAGAUUAUGUAUACAAAACAGUGAAACUCAUAUACAAAUUGACUGAAAAAUAUGUUUAUCAAUCAAGGAGCGAUCCUCUGUAUGAAGAAAUCAUUAUAACAUGCGACACAAUCCAUCACAAUUUGUUAUUGCUGGCUAAAUCAUUGAUACAAUAAAUAGAAGCUCUUCAAAAUCUGUAAUUAUCAUAUGAAAUUCUGAAGACAUUACUAAAAGUGUUUUACAAUUUAAAUUUUUAAGACUUGCAUCCCAAUUUCGAAGAUAAUCUCCAAUCCUGGAUGGAAUUUAUGAAGGUCGUGUUACGUCUCUAACCAGUCUAAGGAGUUGAGCAAUUCCUGUUCAAAUGCAAGGGUGAAGCUCUUAAAUGUGUGUUAUUGUAUGCAAUGAAAUAUCGUGAUGAUUUCGGAGAUCUGAUCCAAGUGUUUUCAAGUGAAAUCUGGAAUGUUUGCACUUAGACUAGCACUGGAAGAGAUAGUGACAAGAUUGUUUUAUGUGCUCUGAGAUAUUUUAAGACUUUAAUUGCUUGGUAGGACAUGAAGGCCUUUUUUGAGUAGAACAUCAAAAUUUUAAUAGAGAGUCUAAUUAUAAGGAAUCUGUCUUUGUCCAAGGACGAAAUUGGAAUGUUUUCAGAUGAACCAUAAGAAUUCAUUGAGAAGUUUUUCGAGUAAAGUGACUUAGAAUCUAGAAGGGCUUAAGCUGUGGAACUCUUCAAGACAGUUACUAAACACUUUAAUCAAUAGGUUAAUCUCAUCAUUCAAGAAUAUCUAUAGGCUUACAUUCAAUCAGGAAUGAAUGGAAUCGAUAAUGAAAUAAUUCUCAUUAAUUUAAUUAUUGAAGCCAGUACAAGUUCAUUCACUUCAAAGGAUGGAACUAUAGAUAUCAUUUUAUCACAAGAAAAUGUUCUUGGUUUUUAUACUCACUGUUUGAAGCCUAAACUAGGAUAGAUAUUUGAAAUGUAAUAGUAGAAUUAAUCAGUUGAAUCUAAGUUCACUCCCAUUUAAUUAGCAUUCUAUUGCAGGUACUUAUUCUAUUUCAGAAAUGUGAUUGAUAAAGUUGAAUUACCAACUCUUGCUACUCUAGUCUCAAAACUAUAAUUAAGCAAGAAGACUACUUUAUCAAACAUUGCAUGCUAUACAGCAUAUUCAUUAAUCAAUGUAAGAUAGGAUGUCAAAAACUACACUAAUCAUUAAUUAUACUUUGAAAAUGUCAACAUUUCCCAAUAUUUGCAAUUGAUUUUGACUGAUUGCUAUAACAAUAUUAAAUAAUAAUAGAAAUUAGAAACAUAUAGUUUGAAACUAGCUAACUCACUUAUUGCUUUAUUGAAGUCAGAGAUUUUCAACGCUAUUGCUGCAUUAUGCAAUUUACUUUAAGAUCUAUUGAAGAACAUCAAGUUGGAAUAUGAAUUUUAGAAUGUUCAUUUGGUGUUUGAGGUAAUAGCUAGUGUAGUUGAUGUGUGCAUAAUAGCCAAGAAUUCUGAAGCUGCCAAUUAAUUACAAUAAAGUAUUUUGAAUCAAUUAGAUGAAUUGCUAAGAGAAAAUAAGGGAGAUGUAACCAAUUUUGUCUUACAAAUUUAUUCACUCUUCUUGUAAGUCCAAACUAAUGCAUCUUCCUAUUAUCAAAAUCUAUUACAGAACUUCCUUGAAAUUUAAAAUUGGAAUGAGUCUAACUCCUCCUUGUUUCAAGCAUAUAUCAUAUUCUUUUAAUUUGGAUUCUAAGGAACUAAUUUACCAACACCUUAAUUACAAGCAAUUCUAAAAUCAAUUGUAGCUCACAGUACACCAUCAUACACUGAACUAUCCAAAUUCCUAAUCAAAUCUAAUUCACAAUGGACAAACAUAGUUUUAACUAUCAUUUUUGAGUAAUACCAAAUUCAAUAGCAAACCUAACCGUAAAUAUCUUCAAAAUCAAAGGCAACCCAUUUGAGUUAGAGAUUAAUCAAUAAGGAAGUAUUUCUAUUAUUAGCUCAUGUCUUUACAUCUUAUGGAGUAGAAGUACUUGUGAAUGAAUGCUCUAAGAUAUCUCCUCAAUUGUUAGAGAGCUUUUUAAUUAAUGAACUAGGCAUCAUUAAGUCUAUUUCUUAAAGGAAUGAGAGAAAAUUAAUAUUCACAAUGUUAAUUGCUCUAUUGUUUUCUGGAACAUUCUUAACUUAAUAAUCAUGGAAUCUUAUUUUCUAGUCAAUGGUUGAAAACAUCACGCUCAAAAAAAGAAAUCCACUUAAAUUUAUGGGAAGAGUAACUGAUAGAGAGGUGACAUCAAGUUCUGGAUUCCAACCAUUGAAACCUGUUAUUGCUAGGAAUACUUCUGAUAAAAUAUUGAAUGAUGAAGAUAAACUGUUUAGUGCCUAAUUCAAAACCUAUUAUAGCAAUCCGAUUGUCAAGUAAUAAUUGCCAAUUCAAUAAUUAUUAAAUCAAUAACAAUAAGAGUUAUUAAGUAAUUUAAUACAAUCUGUUUGAGUAUGAUAUCAAUCAUUUAUAAUUAAUAUCAAAUUUCAAA